AUGUAAAACCGAAAAGAAGAAGAGGAAAAGACAAAAACUAAACACAAAAAAAAGUAAGACAAAUCAAAAAGACAUCAUAAGCGUAUAAAUAAACCAAUAUUCCCUUUCUUUCUUUCGUAUAAUUGUUUUUAAAAUUCCUUCUCUCUCCGCCUUUCUUCCCAUCUCUGGUCGCUCUUUUGUUCAUCUAAAACAACAAUUGGUGUUAUGGUAGAUGUACUGUAGUUGAGACAACGUUCUUGUUUGAUUUGUAUCUAACUGAUAAACCUUGUGAAUAAAGACUCCUUAAUUGUUGUGCAUAAAAUGAAGUGGGUACAAGUCUAGAUCACGUCAAAAUGCAGAUUAUCGAUUAAGUUAAACACAGGUUUAAAAAUGGAGUUUGAUUUUCGCAUUUAUAGGUUAUUGUGAAUUUCGUCGCCUUAAAUAUUUCAACGUUGGUGAAUCAUGGCUAAUUGAUGAUUUACAUUGUGUAUAUGAGGGUGUCAUGAAAAAGCUUCUAUUUUUAUGGUUUGAAGCAAAAUAUCGUUAUUAUCCAUGGUCUAUAUAUAAAAAAAUUGAUUUAAUAAAUACAUUAAUUGAUAAUAUACAUAUGCCAAGUACAACAUCAAGAAGACCACGUUGUAUAAAACAAUAUAAAAAAUAUAAAGCAUCGGAAUUAAAAGCUAUAUUACAUUUUGGAUAUUCAGCAUUUCAUC